GCUCUUCUCUCUUGUACUCUGGUCCCUAUGCUGCUCAGCGCCGGAGCUCUGUGCACAGUCAGAAGCAAACUGACAGCUAUGAUCAAGAUGUGUCCCAACGAGACCGAGCUAAACAUCCCUGCCAAGAACUGCUACCGCAUGGUCAUCCUCGGCUCCUCCAAGGUGGGCAAGACAUCCAUUGUCUCCCGCUUUUUGAGUGGCCGCUUUGAGGAGCAGUACACCCCGACCAUAGAGGACUUCCACCGCAAGUUCUACAGCAUCAGAGGGGAGGUGUACCAGCUGGACAUCCUGGACACCUCGGGAAACCAUCCCUUCCCUGCCAUGAGGAGACUAUCCAUCCUUACUGGUGAUGUCUUCAUCUUGGUCUUCAGCCUUGACAACCGAGACUCCUUUGAGGAGGUCCAACGCUUGAAGCAACAGAUCAUUGAGACCAAGUCCUGUCUGAAGAACAAGACCAAGGAGAACAUUGAUGUUCCUCUGGUCAUCUGUGGCAACAAAGGCGACCGAGAUUUCUACCGAGAGGUCCAAGCUCAUGAGAUUGAGCAGUUGGUCGGAGAGGACAAUAAUUGCUCUUACUUUGAGGUCUCUGCCAAGAAGAAUUCCCAGCUGGAUGAGAUGUUCCAGGCUCUCUUUACCAUGGCCAAGCUGCCUAGCGAGAUGAGCCCCGACCUCCACCGUAAGGUCUCCGUCCAGUACUGUGAGAUCUUGCACAAAAAGUCCUUCAAGGGGAAGAAAGUGAAGGAAGACGGAGACGCCUAUGGCAUUGUAGCGCCAUUUGCCCGUAGACCCAGCAUCCAUAGUGACUUAAUGUACAUCAGAGAAAAAGCCAUUGGUGGUGGCCAGAGUAAGGACAAGGAACGUUGUGUCAUCAGCUAGGGUUGACCAAUCCGCCAGCCAAGAGGGCUUUAUAAAUAUAUACAUAGAGAAACAAAAGAUCUGGGCAUUUUCGACAAAAAAAAGCCGAGCCGUGGAGGCGUGUCCGUAGAGGGGAAUCGUUUUGCUCCCCCAUGCCUUCUGGUCGGGCCAUCGAAGUUGCCGAGUAGAACGUGGUGGCCAACUUUGCUGACACUGGACAGUGUGACAACAUGUCUGUCUCAAACCAAGAAGCAGCAGUGAGAGGUGUUUAUAGGACUUGGCGGAGGUCGGUCGAGUUCUGAGGGAGUUGUAGUACUCCGUCCGUCCCCUCCCCACCAUCUGGACUUGUAUAGUGUGUGUGUGGAGGAGGUGUUAAAGGGAAACCAGCGGACUGUAGGGUGCGAGGACCCGUGGUGACUGUUUACAUUGUGCUUCGGCACGUCUCUGGAGUAUUGUACUUGGAUCUGAACAAAUCCACUCGUUUAUACCUGGUCACAUAUUUCAUUGUCUGUUUUAUGUCUUUUUUUACCUAAUAAACAAAAAUGAAAACUUUGAA